AUGGAAUCGAUUUUCAUUUUGCAUUCAAUUUGGAUGCGUAAACAUAUGAAUAUGUCUGCUUGUGGAAGACAGCCGCAUCCAACAUUUCUGGAACCGCUGAUGGCGAAUGUGACGGCGUUAAAAGGACAAGAUGUUGAAUUCAGGUGUAAGGUCAACAAUUUAGGCAAACACAUGGUUAGUAGAUUUAUUCACAGUAGCUUGGCUGAUUUGAAUAUCGUCGAUCCGUGUGAUUUUUUACGAGAGAUCAGUAACGAAUUCAAAGAAACAAUAUUGGCUAAUGCAUAA